CUAAUGAGCGGGUACCUUGGUGAUCUCAGCGAAAAACAAGAGCAAGCUCUGAGUGAGUUCAAGCUCCGAAUCCAGGACAUCUGGAAAGAGGAAUUUACGGAUCACUUCCUUCUUCGAUGGCUCAGAGCUCGGGAGUUCGACGUCAACAAGGCGGAGUAUAUGCUGCGCCAGAACCAAAUCUGGCGCCGUGAGAACAACAUCGACGCAGUCUUGGAGACGUACCAGUGGCCACAGGUGUUGAAAACGUACUUCCCGGGAGGGAUGUGCAACCACGAUAGAAGCGGCCGGCCCGUCUGGAUCAUGCGCUUUGGGAAUGCUGACUAUAAAGGGAUGCUGGAGUGCGUGCCAAUGAAGGAGAUGUUCAAAGUGUGCUACUAUCAGAUUGAACAGAUUUUUGCAGACAUGAAAAUGCAGAGCAAAGUGCUGGGAAAAAACGUGGAGACCGUGACCAUUCUGUGCGACUAUGAUAACUUCAGCUUGAACCAGGUGUACAGCUUCCAAGCCAUCGAAUUCCUGAGGGAGAUGGCUGCUCAGUACGAGGCCAACUAUCCUGAGAUGCUCGAGCGAUGUUUCUUCAUCAACACCCCCAGCUUCUUUCCGAUCUUCUGGAAGCUCUUUCGGACGUUUGUGUCCGAGAAAACGGCAACUAAGGUUGAAGUGUUCCCAAGAGAAGUCUGGAAGUCGGCAUUGCUCAAGUACGUAGACCCUUCCCAGCUUCCAGUUCACUGGGGAGGGGAGGCUCGCGGACCGAAUGGCGACCUUGAGUGUUCCAACAAGGUCGGGCGCGGAGGCAAGGUUCCUGUGGAGCUGUAUCUGAAGAACAGGCCGAAGGUCUGGGACGACCCCCGCUCCGUCACUUGCUCUCUCGAGAGGGGCGAGCAUAUCGAGAUCCCCGUCCAAGUGGAGCGCAACGGUUGCAUCCUCCGCUGGAAGUUCCAGACGGGUCCUGGCGACGACGUGGACUUCAGCGUCACGCGCGGGUCCACCGAAAGCGUGGUGGGGAAAGCGCAAGUCAUACCGGUCACCAGGAUCAAGUGUGACCUCGUGCCGGAGAAAGGGCAGCUGGAAAACCUCGAGAAAGGAGCAUAUACCUUCAGAUUUGACAACAACUUUAGUUGGUUCUCCAAGAAGCGGCUCUCCUACAUUUUGCAAGUGAUAUACCCCGAAGACGACGUGGCGACGGGAAGCUGAUGUCUGACAAUUUAGAUCUGCGUCCAUAAUAC